CUGGCGCGGGCGGCGGGGAGGCGCGGCGCCAAGAUGGCGGCGGCGGCGGGCUGUGCGUGAGGCGCCCCCGGCCCUCCCGGCCCAGGGCGGGCGGCGGGCUCGGGCGGCACCGCGGCCUGAGCCGGCAUGUGCGAGACCUACUCGCGGUGGCUGCUGCGGGUGUCGGUGGCGCAGAUUUGCCAGGCGCUGGGUUGGGACUCGGUGCAGGUCUCGGCCUGCGACCUCCUCACCGACGUGCUGCAGCGGUACCUGCAGGGGCUGGGCCGGGGCUGCCACCGCUACUGCGAGCUCUAUGGCCGCACAGAUCCGGUUUUGGAUGAUGUAGGUGAUGCCUUCAAGCUUAUGGGGGUUAACCUGCACGAGCUAGAAGAUUAUAUACACAAUAUCGAACCCGUCACUUUCGCACAUCAAAUCCCAUCGUUUCCCGUCAGCAAGAACAAUGUCCUGCAGUUUCCCCAGCCGGGAAGUAAAGAUGCGGAAGAAAGGAAGGAAUACAUCCCCGAUUACAUGCCACCUAUCGUCUCCUCUCAAGAAGAAGAGGAAGAGGAACAGGUGCCUACCGAUGGAGGUACAUCUGCAGAGGCCAUGCAGGUGCCACUGGAAGAAGAGGGAGAUAUGGAAGAGGACGAGGCAAUUAAUGAUGAGAACUACUUGAGCAAGAGACCAUUAGAAAGUCCUGAUGCUGAGGAAUUUCCACCUGUGAAACGGCUAAAACCGUCUGUUUCCAAAGGGGACACCUUGGACGGAGCUUUGGAACCACGUGAGCCUCUUAGCUCAAUAAAUACUCAAAAAGUACCACCCAUGCUUUCUCCAGUUCAUGUUCAGGACAGUACAGACGUACCCCCUCCGUCACCAGAACCACCAAUGUUGGCUCCCAUUGCAAAAUCGCAAGUGCCAACCCCCAAAACUUUAGAGGCAAAGCCGUUUGUACCCAAAACAAAGUCCAAAACAAGUUCUCCAGGACAGAAGACAAAAUCACCUAAAACUACACCCUCCCCAGUGGUAACUGGAAGCCCCAUACGUUCACCAAAACCUGGUUCCAAAGAAAAAAAGUCACCAGGUCGCGCCAAGAGCCCAAAAAGUCCGAAAAGUCCAAAGGUUCCUGCUCACGUUCCCCAACCACCUGUCAAACCUGAAACACCAAGUAGAACCCCUCUGGCUGCAUUAAGUGACAAGAUAGGAAAGGAAAACAUUCAAGUAAAACAAGGACAGACGCCACCUGAACCUGCUGCCAAGCCAAAUAUUGAAAACCAGACUAAGAAAGCACCAGUAAUGGACAAGACCAUUGAUGAUUCAAUCGAUGCUGUGAUUGCUCGUGCAUGUGCAGAACGAGAACCGGAUCCCUUUGAGUUUUCCUCUGGUUCUGAAUCAGAAGGGGAAAUUUUUACCAGUCCUAAAAGACUUUCUGUUUCAGAGGCUACGACUCCUAAACCUUCUGUUUCUGCCAAUAAUGCAAAUAAGGCAGGGGCGACUCCAAUACCUCCCUCAGGUGGAACUUCAAGUUCAGACAUUUCAUGGACAAUGGAUGACUCAAUUGAUGAGGUCAUUCGAAAGGCAAACAUGGGGACACCUUCUAAUCCACCUGCCAACUUCACUUACUUCUCCUCUCCUUCCGCUUCGCCGCCAACUCCAGAACCUCUUAUCAAAGUCUAUGAGGAGAAAACCAAGUUGGCUUCAUCAGCAGAAGUGAAAAAGAAAUUGAAAAAGGAGCUGAAGACAAAAAUGAAGAAGAAAGAAAAACAAAAGGAAAAAGAUAAGGAGAAAAAACAGGAGAAAAAUAAGGAGAAGGAAAAGAGCAAGGAGAAGGAUAAAGACAAGGAAGGAAACAAGGAAGCGAAAUUUCAGUGGAAGGAGCUACUCAAAGAUGAGGAUCUUGAUCCUUAUAAAUUCAAGCUAAAGGACUUUGAGGACGCUGACACAAAAGUAAAGUUGAAAGAUGGCAAUGCCAAAAAAGAGAAAGAAAAACAUAAAGAUAAAAAGAAAGAGAAAGAGAAAGGCAAAAAAGACAAGGAUAAGAAAGACAAAGAGAAACUUAAAGAUAAGGGCAAGGAAGAUAAGAUAAAGGCUCCAUCAGCACCUCUUGUGUUACCUCCCAAGGAAAUGUCUUUGCCCUUUGUCAGCACACCAACUGCCAUGAGGCUUCCCAGCAUGUUACCUUCCUUGUCUCCAAUGCUUCCCGAAAAACUGUUUGAGGACAAAGAGAAACCUAAAGAGAAGAAGAAAGACAAAAAAGAGAAGAAGAAAAAGAAAGAAAGGGAGAAGGACAAAGAAAAGGAAAAGAAGGAGAAGGAAAAGGAGAGGAAAGAAAGAGAAAAGAAAGAGAAAGAAAAGGAGAAACACAAACAUGAAAAGAUAAAGGUGGAACCAGUUGUUCCUGCUCCAUCACCGGUUAUUCCUCGGCUGACGUUAAGAGUGGGUGCAGGCCAAGACAAGAUAGUCAUCAGCAAAGUGGUACCAGCUCCAGAGGCCAAACCGUCCACCCCUGUGAGCCGGCCCAAAACCCCUCCGCCCGUGCCGUCACCGGUCCCAGCUCCCAUCCACGUCACCCCUCCUUCGGCUCCAGCUCCUCCUCCUCCACAGGCCACCGUCUCGCAGGUCCUCAUCCCACCGCCCUCUCCAGCCGUCUCAGCAGCAGCAGGUUCCAAAGCUCCGGUUCGGAGCGUGGUGACCGAGACCGUCAGUACUUACGUGAUCCGAGACGAGUCGGGUAACCAGAUCUGGAUCUGUCCUGGCUGUAACAAGCCAGACGAUGGCAGUCCAAUGAUAGGUUGUGACGACUGCGACGACUGGUAUCACUGGCCUUGCGUUGGGAUUACGACUGCACCCCCAGAAGAGGUACAAUGGUUCUGCUCCAAGUGUGCCAACAAAAAGAAGGACAAAAAACACAAGAAGAGGAAGCACAGGGCGCACUGAAGACGUUGCCAGCGGACUGAAGUCGUGCGGUCGCCGCGACACCGUCCGCCCCGACUCCGUUGCAGGUUUGGGGGGGGUAUAAUCCAACCAGGUCAUGUCUCACCCUCCGUCACGACUCCGGAGUGAAUUGGGGCGAGGAGAUGCUCUCCAUUGGGGGCUGUCGCGUUUCACAGACCAUCCAAACCCAGGGGGUUGGAUUUUGGUACAUUCUGAUCCCAUCUUUCACCUACCGAAGGGAGAAUUUGCACAGAGCGAUAUAAAAACUUUGGUAGUUCAUGGCUCGGCAGCAACAAAGACAAAUGUUGUAAAUGCAGAUUAUCUGUCCUGUUCUUUCUUGAUUUGUUAUUAAUCUCUCUUGAACCUUUGCAGUAAGGUGCCGAGAGGAGAAGAAAAUGUAAAUUGCAGUGAGUUGUAAACUGAGGAGACCGUCUGGAAUGAUUUCUAUAGCCUGGAUACAGUUCAGCCUCUAUUCCUGCUGAGCCAGAUAAUCAUAAUGUGGAAAUAAAAAGUGACCGGUAAAUAUUUUUGUGACAAGAAUAUAUGAAGCUUUUUUCCUUGAUUUUUAGUACUAACGUAAAAUAAACACGUUCAAGCUUUUGUGAUAUAUCUUCUAUUUUAAAAAAAGAAAAAAGUUUCUAUUGUGUCGGUUCUUUUCUCCCAUGUGAAUUUAUUUCAGUGGACCUGUAAUAUAUUUUAUACUUUUGUUUUUGGUUUGGUUUUGCUUUUUUUUUCUCGUCUUUGUCAAUGUACCUUUUCAUUGCUUGUACAUUUCAUUGGUGUGUAAAAACACUUCCCAUUAAAAGAUUUUCACACAUGUAAAUACCAGAUAUUUAUAAAGUACUUUUUUUUUUGUAAUUAUUUUUUUAUAGGGCUUGAGGAUUUUAAUUUUUGUCUGCCUGAGAAUACAAACCUAGCAGCUAUUAAACACCCGUGCGACGCACGCCGGUCCAUACGGCUUUAAGGGAUUGGCGCGCACGAGGAGCCGGCCAGCACCAUAAUUAGGCCUCGAUUCAGAUACUUAAACAUGUGGUAACUUCUUAAGAAGUGAGUAAUCCUAUUGCCUUCAAGGAGCCCUGUUCCCACACUUGGUUCUACAUGUGCUUAAACGCCCGCUGAAUCGAGAGCUUAGGCCAGGGGGCUCUGCACUUUCAAUGGUCGCUACAGCGUGUUAAUCUGUAGCUGAGCUUUUAUUUCUUUUUUCUUUAUUUUCAUUGAGUUUGCCAAAACGAUCGGGCUCAUGUUGAGAUGGAGAAGAUGCCGAGUGGCGCCGAGGCCAGAAGAUGCCUCGCUCUGCUUUUCGUACCCCCUUGGAAAGAACAAUAAAUGAAUAUGCAUUGUAUUCUCCAUUGAAAAUAAGGGGGGAAAUCACAGAGAGAAAAGAAAAAGAAACAAGGCAGUAUUAGAUACUGUAGUGCAAUGGGUCUCAGAGCUAAAUAAAAUACAAGAAUAAAUCUGGAAAAAGAAAUGUAUGCCUUUUGUUUCCAAAGCGAUUUUAGCCUUCAUUGGUUAAUUUGGGGAUAUUUGUACUUUAAACCGUACAGUGAGAAACAUUUGAUGUUUGAGAAUAUGGCCCUUUAACCUGUUGUGCAGAUAAUAAGAGUUAUUUUUUAAGUGUAUCCAAAUUGAUAUUAAUGAGAAUGAAUUAGUUAUGUUUUUAAAAGUAGCAGUCUAGUUAGGGAAAUGAGGCUUUGCUGAUAGAACUGUUAAAUUACAAAUCAGUGGAGAUAUGGAUGAAAUUGGUUUAUUAAAAGUGCGCUGUUACAUUCUUUGUUCAAUGCCACCUCAUUUAUAUUCUGUCCCUGCUAAUUACCAGUCAAGAAAAGUUCUUGGGUUUGAUUAUUUUAUUUUGAAUUGCUGGAUGUUACAAACCUGAUUCUUGUGGGUUUUUUUUUUUCCAUGUGUAAUGUGCAAGCAUACGAAAUACACCGUCUUUGGUCAUUUCUGGUUGCAAUAAUAAAGAACUAGCUUUUGGUAA